AUGGCUGCUCCUGUGCCUCCAGGGGCACCUAGACCCGGAAGCAACACACCUCCGCCUAAUUAUGUCCCUAAUUUUAGAGGCUCUUCUGAUGGAUUAGCUGAUAAUAUGCAGAAUUUGAAUCUUAAUCGGCCUCCUAUGACGUCGAAUCCUGUUUCUAGGCCUCCACCAUUUGGCCAGCAACCGCCUUUUCCUUCUUCCGGUCCUUCGCCGCAGGGGUUUCCAGGUUCGUCGCCUCCGUUUUCGCGACCUGGUCCACCUCCCGGUCCACUGGUAAGGCCUGCAGGGCCUCCUUCUGGGCCUCCGGUUGGUUCCCUUGGAAGGCCUACUGGACCACCUCCUGGUCAACCUUCGCCGUUUGGGUCAAGACCACCUCCUUUUUCGUCUCCAAUAGGCAGUGUUGCAGCACCUGUUUCUGGGGUUCCUCCACCUGGCAGUUCUCCACCUGUUCGUCCACCUGGGCCUCCUCCGCAAAAUUUUGGGGCUCGUCCUAGUCCAAGUCCUUUUAACUCACCACCAAUGAGUGCUCCUCCUGGCAUGCCUCCUACUAGUGCACCCAUUAACUUAAUGAGUAAUGGGCCACCGGUAUUUUCGGGUGGGGCUAUGCCAGCUCCUCAACACUUUCCAGGUGGCAAUGUUCAACAGCCACCGGUUGGACCUCCAACAAUGAGAGUUCCUCCAGGUCCGCCUGGCCAUCCUCAGUCUCCUUAUCCCAUGGCACCUCAGGGAAUAAUGCAGCCUCCAAGUUCACCUUUCGCUGCACCAUCUUGGCAGACACAAGCCCAACAGGUAGUUCCACCUCCUCCAGUUCCUGGUACUAUGCAGCCUCCCAGGAUGUUUGGCAUGCCACCACCACUGCCAAAUCAGUCUAUGACUACAACUAUAUCACCCGCUGUUGGUCAAACUGGAGCCCCCAUGGCAGGGCCUUCAAAAAUCGAUCCCAAUCAAAUUCCAAGGCCCACGCCAGGGUCCGCAGUGAUCAUGCACGACACUCGUCAAGGCAACCAGGCAACCAUCCCUCCGCCUGCUACAAGUGAUUUUAUUGUAAGAGAUACGGGCAACUGCAGUCCACGUUACAUGAAGUGCACAAUCAAUCAGAUUCCUUUCACUGCUGAUCUUUUGACAACAUCAGGAAUGCAGUUGGCUAUGUUAGUCCAACCUUUGGCGCUUCCACACCCAUCCGAGGAUCCCAUUCAAGUUGUUGAUUUUGGAGAGAGUGGUCCAGUCCGUUGCUCACGUUGCAAGGCUUAUGUAAAUCCCUUUAUGAAAUUUAUCGAUCAGGGAAGACGCUUUAUCUGCAAUUUAUGUGGAUUUAGUGAUGAAACUCCACGGGACUACCACUGUAAUUUAGGUCCAGAUGGUCGGCGUAGAGAUGCUGAUGAAAAGCCUGAGCUAUGUAAAGGAACGGUUGAGUUUGUUGCUACUAAAGAAUUCAUGGUCCGUGAGCCAAUGCCCGCUGUGUAUUUCUUUCUCGUUGAUGUAUCAAUGAAUGCUGUUCAAACUGGUGCAACAGCUGCAGCUUGCAGUGCCAUAAAUCAAGUUAUUGCAGACCUUCCUGAAGGUCCUCGUACACAGGUGGGAGUUGCGACGUUUGACUCAACAAUUCAUUUUUACAACUUGAAACGUGCGUUGCAGCAGCCGCUGAUGCUCAUUGUUCCUGAUGUCCAAGAUGUUUAUACUCCUUUGCAAACUGAUGUAAUUGUUCCACUAUCUGAGUGCCGUCAACAUUUAGAAUUACUUCUCGAAAGCAUUCCUACUAUGUUCCAAAGUAAUAGAACUUCUGAAUCGGCCUUUGGUGCAGCAAUCAAGGCAGCUUUCCUUGCAAUGAAAGACACUGGAGGAAAGCUUAUGGUUUUCCAGUCAGUCUUGCCAUCUAUUGGCAUUGGUGCCCUUUCUGCGCGCGAAGCUGAAGGGAGAACCAACAUCUCUGCAGGGGAAAAGGAAGCACAUAAGUUACUUCAACCAUCAGAUAAAACAUUGAAGGAAUUAGCAGUUGAACUUGCUGAGUAUCAGGUUUGUGUUGAUGUGUUUGUGACUACUCAGACUUAUGUUGAUAUUGCUUCCAUAUCGGCCAUCCCACGAACGACUGGUGGACAGGUUUACUAUUAUUACCCAUUCUCAGCUCUUUCAGAUCCUGCAAAGCUUUACAACGAUCUUAGAUGGAAUGUCACUAGGCCACAAGGUUUUGAGGCUGUAAUGCGCGUGAGGUGCAGUCAGGGCAUCCAAGUACAGGAUUAUUAUGGCAACUUUUGUAAACGGAUCCCAACAGAUGUUGACUUACCUGGGAUUGACUGUGACAAAACUUUCAUGGUGACUUUGAAACAUGAUGAUAAGUUGCAGGAUGGAUCAGAAUGUGCUUUUCAGUGUGCUCUUCUAUACACAACUGUGUAUGGCCAAAGAAGAAUACGUGUGAUAACCUUAUCUCUGCCUGUCACAAGUAUGCUUAGUAAUCUGUUCCGCGCAGCUGACUUGGAUACUCAAUUUUGCUGUUUCUUAAAGCAAGCUGCUAGUGAGAUCCCUUCAAAGCCACUUCCUCUUGUUCGGGAACAAGUGACAAGCCUUUGCACCAAUGCACUAUAUUCAUAUCGUAAAUUUUGCGCUACGGUGUCCUCAUCUGGACAACUAAUUCUUCCGGAGGCCCUAAAGCUUUUGCCCCUGUACACACUUGCGUUAACUAAGAGUACAGGGUUGAGAACAGAUGGAAAGAUAGAUGAACGGUCAUUUUGGAUAAAUUAUGUGUCCUCUCUAUCUGCUCCAUUGGCAAUACCGCUUGUGUAUCCUAGGAUGGUGGCUAUCCAUGACCUUGACUCAAAGGAAGAGGAAGAAUCUGUUAUUCCUUCCUUCCUACCUCUUUCUAGUGAGCACAUUAGUGAUGAUGGAAUAUAUCUUCUUGAGAAUGGUCAUGAUUGUUUAAUAUAUGCCGGAGAGUCUGUGAAUCCAGACAUUGUGCGGAAACUGUUUGGUGUUUCUACAGUUGAUGAAAUUCCUACUCAUUUUGUAUUGCAACAAUUUGACAAUCCACUGUCAAAGAAGUUAAAUGAAGUGGUGAAUGAGAUUCGGCGGCAAAGAUUUUGCUACCUCCGGCUUAAGCUCUGCAGGAAAGGUGAUCCAUCAGGAAUGUUAUUCUUCUCGUAUAUGAUUGAAGACAAGAGCGCAGGUGGCUUCUCGUAUGUAGAGUUUCUUAUCCAUGUUCAUAGGCAAAUCCAGAAUAAAAUGGCAUCGUAA